AUGGCUUCAUCCGCAGCGGUGCAAGCCGACGUGGAGGUGGCCGUCGGCAGUUGGUUGGUGGCCGACUUCCGAAAGCGUUCAGAUGGUGCCCACACUCGCGCUCACAAAGAUCGAGCGGAGCUGGGAACACAGCCAACAGCCUUCUUAGACACGAUGUCCGAGCCAGAGAUACUUACACAACCAGUGUCAAGAACUUCUCCGCGCAGAUUGGGCGGCUGUGUUUCGACCCCCUGGAGCGUGGACAGGGGUUGCCUGGUCUGCUUACAUCUGUCUACGAUACUUCUGAUCUCCCGUUGUCUCGCCCCCGGCCAAGAUGGAAGAUGUCUCAGCAAUGACAUCCAUUCGCUGAGCUUGCGGCUGAGUUUUUGUGAAUUGUGUCCGGAACGGGCAGGCGACAGCAUGGAGUCAGAGUGCGGUGAUGCCAUGGCUGCACCGUGA